UAGGAGAGAAGAGAAUUCUGGCUGGUGUUGCCUACAUAUCCUGGAGACUUUUCCUUCUUUACUGUGGUGUAUGAGAAAACGAACGGUAGCUCUUGUCAGCCCGUUGGCUUAUGAAUGGAAAACAUGAAAGGAUUGUUGAUCCUUUCAGUGACUCAGUUGCCUUUGUUGGAUUGGAUGUUAGAAAAGAAGCCAAACGUCUUAAACAACAGCAAAUCCGCUGUGUAGCUGUUAAUGCCGCAACUACCAAAAAUUUGAAAGAAACCCAGUGGAGGAAAAAGCUGGCACAGUGUGAUGCUGGAACAUGAGCUGUUGCACUUUGAUCAGGAAGCUGCCUAAGAUUCACUUCUCUCUUUUUCAAUGCUGUUUGGGAACAUGAUGGACAAUUGGCUCAUAACAUGCGCGUGAAAACUCAUGAGAGACAUGCUGUACAGCUCAGGUCUCAGUUGUGGCUUUCAGAAUUCACCAUUUCAGGAUUUACACGUUUGUUCUACCUUCAUUUUUAAUCUGUUCGAUUGAGCAGCUGCUACCUUUGCUUGAAGCCGUGUGCUUUUGUUUUCCAUCCGUUCUUGCGUUGCACAGAACUCCGAUCUCCUGUUUUUAGUCAAGGGGACUUCCCAUGUACUCUGAAAGCCUUCCAAAACUCUUCCUUGGUUUCAGAAUGUUGUGGUGGGCAAAGCUGCUUCUGAGCUCUGCUUAAAGAACAGGAUCUCUAGGCAUCGAUGUCGGAAAAGCCCCGCUGGAAAGCCUUACUGUAGCAAAGCUCUCUUAAGCCAAAUGUGAGAAACGCCCCUGGGUCUUGGAAGUCUUCCUGACUAGCCGUGCAAAUAUCAAGCUUCCCCGGACGUUGUGAACGACCAAUAUUGGUCCUGCUUUUUCCUGUAUGAUUUACUUUUUGUGUGUAUGUGAAGUUUAACUUGAUUUUGUGUUGGAAGCCAGACUGUAUGUUGGAUUCAGGUCUUGUAUAACUUUUUUCUUGCACAUAUAGAUUGUAUGUGUUCCACAAAACUUUUUCUUUUUUUUUUGUAAGUGUCUGUGAGAUGUUAUUCAUUCUGACAUGGUGGUGCUUUUCUUUAAAUAAUAAUAAUAAAAAAAGAUACUGCUUUCUAUUUAUUAGUAUUUAAUAUUGCUGAUGAAUACAAGUUGGAAGUACUGUUCUGUACAUUUUGACAUGACCCGUGAUGAGGGAUUUGUGGGUUUGGAGCUGUUUUUCUCUUUCUGCAGGUGGUGUUUCAAAUGUGAUUUCGAGGUAACCUUGUUUUUGUCUUUUGGGGGUGGGGUGGGGGCCAGGGAGGUAAGGGUGAAGGGUUGUCUUCUUUUUAAUUGAUGGUAUCGCCUUUGCCCUUUUUUUCCCCCCUUCUUCUUUUUUCUUUGAUUCCCCCCUUUUUUUGCCGCUUGUCUUCUUCUUUACUAUUAAACUGCUGAUGUUUAUUUUCAGGAAUGUUUUGCAAAAUGUCCUUCUCACACUCUUCCCCAGUUCAACUGCUUUUGUUGUGAAACACCUCCUUGAAUACACACAGCAAACAGAGCCCAACCUACAGUACAGCCUAUUGUUGGUAUUUGGUCUCUUCAUGACUGAAAUAGUGCGUUCCUGGUCCCUGGCUUUAACCUGGGCAUUAAAUUACCGCACUGGGGUCAGACUGCGUGGUGCUGUCCUUACCAUGGUUUUUAAGAAAAUACUGAAGCUGAAAAAUAUAAAGGAGAAGUCUUUGGGAGAGCUCAUAAAUGUAUGUUCGAACGAUGGACAGAGAAUGUAUGAAGCUGCAGCUGUGGGUAGCUUAUUGGCUGGAGGUCCUCUUGUUGCUAUCCUUGGAAUGGUUUACAGUGUUAUUAUUCUGGGACCAACAGGCUUCCUGGGAUCGGCAGUGUUUAUCCUUUUCUACCCAGCCAUGAUGUUUGCAUCCCGCUGCACAGCUUAUUUCAGAAGGAAAUGUGUCGCCGCAACUGACGAGCGUGUACAGAAAAUGAAUGAAGUUCUGAACUAUAUUAAGUUCAUUAAAAUGUAUGCCUGGGUCAAAGCCUUUUCUCAGAAUGUUCAGAACAUUAGAGAAGAGGAACGCAAGAUCUUGGAGCGUGCUGGAUAUUUCCAGAGUAUCACUGUAGGAGUGGCUCCCAUAGUUGUGGUUAUUGCCAGUGUGGUGACGUUCUCUGUCCAUAUGAUCCUUGGCUAUGACCUCACAGCAGUUCAGGCCUUUACAGUGGUUACAGUGUUCAAUUCAAUGACCUUUGCUCUGAAAGUCACACCCUUUUCCGUGAAGUCUCUGUCUGAAGCGUCUGUUGCCGUUGACAGAUUCAAGAGUUUGUUUCUAAUGGAAGAGGUUCAUAUGGUAAAGAAAAAACCAGCCAGUCCUCACACAGCCAUAGAAGUGAAAAAUGCCACCCUGGCUUGGGAAUCCUCCCAUGCCAGUGUCCAGAGCUCACCCAAGAUGACCCCUAAAAUGAAAAAAGACAAGAUGGCCAGGAGCAGGAAGGAGAAGAAGCUGCAGCAGCAGGAGAGACAACAGGCGAUGCUUGCCGAGCAGAAGGGCCACCUCUUAGUGGACAGUGAUGACCCACCAAGCCCUGAGGAGGAGAACAAGCAAGCACAGCUGAUGAACGUCCGGCUUCAGAGAGUUCUUUAUAAUGUUGACCUGGACAUUGAAAAGGGGAAACUGGUCGGCAUUUGUGGCAGCGUGGGGAGUGGGAAAACCUCACUCAUUUCCGCAAUUUUAGGACAGAUGACUCUACUGGAGGGCAGCGUAGCUGUAGACGGAACCUUUGCCUAUGUGGCCCAACAGGCGUGGAUUCUCAAUGCCACACUCAGGGACAAUAUCCUCUUUGGAAAGGAGUUUGAGGAAGAAAGAUACAACACUGUGUUAAAUGACUGCUGUCUCAGACCUGAUUUGGCGAUAUUACCUAAUGGGGACCUGACAGAGAUUGGUGAGCGAGGUGCCAACCUGAGUGGGGGGCAGCGCCAGAGGAUCAGUCUUGCUCGAGCUCUGUACAGCGACAAGCAUAUUUACAUCCUUGACGACCCUCUCAGUGCCUUGGACGCUCAUGUCGGAAACCACAUCUUCAACAGUGCAAUACGGAAGCACCUGAAGUCAAAGACGGUUCUCUUUGUUACACAUCAGCUCCAGUAUCUUGUGGAUUGUGAUGAAGUGAUCUUCAUGAAAGAGGGUUGUAUCACCGAGAGGGGAAGCCAUGAGGAUCUGAUGAAUCUGAAUGGUGAUUAUGCAGCCAUUUUUAACAGCCUGCAGCUGGGAGACACACCACAUAUUGAGGUUAACAUAAAGAAGACCACAAACAUUUCACUGAAGAAGCACCCAGAUAAAGGGUCCAAAUCAGGAUCUGUGAAGAAAGAGAAGGUGGUGAAGAAAGAAGAAGGCCAACUCAUACAAGUGGAAGAUAAAGGGAAAGGUUCUGUCCCUUGGUCGGCUUAUGGUGUAUAUAUCAAGGCAGCUGGAGGCCCCAUUGCGUUUCUCAUCAUUAUGACACUGUUCAUAUUGAAUGUGGGCAGUACUGCAUUCAGCAAUUGGUGGCUAAGUUACUGGAUCAAACAAGGCAGCGGGAACUCCACCUUGAUGCUGGGAAAUGAAACAGUUAUAAGCAGCAGCAUGAAGGAUAAUCCUCAUAUGCGUUACUAUGCUGGUAUCUAUGCACUCUCCAUGGGUGUCAUGCUGAUUCUGAAGGCUGUGCGUGGGGUGGUUUUUGUCAAGGGAACAUUGCGAGCGUCUUCCAGGCUCCAUGACGAGCUAUUCCGACGAAUUCUUCGUAGCCCUAUGAAAUUUUUUGACACAACACCUACAGGGAGGGUUCUCAAUCGGUUCUCCAAAGAUAUGGAUGAAGUUGAUGUCCGUCUGCCAUUUCAAGCUGAAAUGUUCAUACAGAACGUCAUCCUGGUGUUCUUCUGUGUGGGAGUUAUCUCAGGUGUCUUCCCAUGGUUCCUAAUGGCAGUUGGGCCUCUUGUCGUCCUUUUUACAAUCCUCCAUGUUGUCUCUAGGGUCUUCAUUCGAGAGUUGAAGCGCCUGGACAAUAUUACGCAAUCUCCAUUCCUUUCACACAUCACAUCAAGCAUACAAGGCCUGUCUACAAUCCAUGCCUACAAUAAAGGGCAAGAAUUCCUUCAUAGAUAUCAAGAACUGCUAGACAACAACCAGGCACCACUCUAUUUAUUCAGCUGUGCAAUGCGUUGGUUAGCGGUCAGAUUGGACAUCGUCAGCAUUGUCCUCAUCACAACCACCGGCUUAAUGAUUGUCCUCAUGCAUGGAAAGAUCCCCCCUGCCUAUGCAGGGCUAGCCAUCUCCUAUGCAGUUCAGCUAACAGGGUUGUUCCAGUUCACAGUCAGGCUGGCUUCAGAAACAGAGGCCCGCUUCACCUCUGUGGAGAGGAUUGACCACUACAUCAAGACUCUUUCUCUGGAGGCUCCAGCUCGCAUUAAGAACAAGGCUCCCCCUCCAGACUGGCCCCAGGAAGGAGAGGUCAUUUUUGAAAAUGCGGAAAUGCGGUACCGGGAGAACCUGCCACUUGUUCUCAAGAAAGUGUGCUUCACUAUCAAACCCAAGGAGAAGAUCGGCAUUGUGGGGAGAACAGGGUCAGGAAAGUCUUCUUUAGGAAUGGCUCUCUUUCGUUUGGUUGAGCUCUCAGGCGGUUGCAUUAAAAUCGACGGAGUGAAAAUCAGUGAUAUUGGAUUAGCCGAUCUCCGGAGCAAACUUUCCAUAAUCCCCCAAGAGCCUGUGCUAUUCAGUGGUACUGUGAGAUCCAACUUGGAUCCUUUCUCACAGUAUGGUGAGGAGCAAAUCUGGGAUGCCUUGGAAAGGACUCACAUGAAGGACUGUAUUUCCCAGCUGCCCAUGAAACUUGAAUCUGAGGUGAUGGAAAAUGGUGAAAACUUUUCUGUUGGAGAGAGGCAGCUGCUUUGCAUUGCCAGAGCGUUGCUGCGUCGUUGUAAGAUUUUGAUCUUGGAUGAAGCAACAGCUGCCAUGGACACGGAGACUGACUUGCUGAUCCAGGAGACCAUCAGAGAGGCAUUUGCAGACUGCACAAUGCUGACGAUUGCUCAUCGCCUUCAUACAGUUUUGGGCUCGGAUCGGAUCAUGGUGCUGAUGCAAGGACAGGUGGUGGAAUUUGAUACUCCAUCUGCACUCCUGUCCAAUGAGAACUCCCGCUUCUAUGCCAUGUUUGCUGCUGCAGAAAACAAGAUUGCUGUCAAGGGCUAAAAUUCAGGGCAAUGUCACUUUAAUUAGGAGGGUAUUAUGCUCUGCAUUUGGCAGGUUUCUCCUCCUCCUCCUCCUCCUCCAUCUCUGUGUUCUCCAAGCAGACUAUUAUUGCCUUGUCAUCUUUAUGUUUUAGGUAUCAUGGGUUAAACUGAGUUCUUUUUUUCCAAGAAGUACUGUAAAGAAGAUUCUUUAUGGUUUCUAUUAUGGUAUUUAUUCCAUGUUCUUCUUACUAAUUUUUGCUAUUAAAUGCACUGUACAAAAUGGCUCAGGGAGCCAUGAUUAUAAAUGUAUUAAGAGGCCUAUAUUGAAGCUUUAUACAUGCAGCUAUAUCUAUACAGAAUUCUGUACAUAGCCUAUAUUUACAGUGGAAAUGUAAACCGUUUAUUUUAUAUUAAAAUGAGCGCUGUGUUAAUACCAGUGCAUAUUCUUUUCUAUCAUUUUUGUACAGUUUUAUGGUGCUGGGAAUCUGGCUUUUGCCGGGCCGUGCUGGAGCCUGUUUUGUCUCCUGCCACCGGCCUUCCUCCAAGUGCCGGAUUUUCCCAGAUUGCAGGAUGGGAAUGAAAUAGUUGUGUCCUUCUGUGUCCUUUCGUCAUGGCCCUACAUGGGGGAUGUGGGCAGUUGUGCUAUAGCUGUAGACUCUCUAGCACAUUGCCAGGGUGCACAGAAGUAGCCCAGCCACGUCCCAGGUUUCCUCCUCCUCCUGAUGGAACUUCUGAUCCUUGUUUUUUUUUUCUUUUUGAUUUCUUCCCUAAGCUCUGUUGGGUGCCGUAAGGGAAGAACCGCACAUUUUGCCUUAGGUUAUCUUACCAGCCCCUCAUCAUUCACUCCAGUGCAAUAAAGGGAAUGUACUGACAUUCUCUUUCAAUAGAGUUUGGUUUUAUAUUUUAUAGAAAGGAAAUGCAAAUGCCCUCUGCUGAGCAAACACUGUGGCUUGGGAUCCCUACAUGGUAAUUAGUACUAAACUACAGCAAUGAACUUUAAGAUCAGGAUUCUCUAGUCCUGCCUGUAAACAUUUUCGAAUUCGCCUCUGCUGAAUUACUGAUCUAGAUAAUACAAAUGCUUCACCUGGAAAGCUCUUCUGGUGCUUUGGUAUUUGUAACAAAUAACCAUACUCAGCGUGUGUGCAAAUUUCUUCCUGCCUGUUUGUUACUAAACUUAUCACUCUUCUCCUUCCAGUCUGCAAUUUUGAGCAAGCUCCUGCUGAUCAGGGUUUGACACUGGUGUAGGAAGUUUUAUUUCCUUACUGUAAAGAGACCUACCUCAGGUUGCUGAGUCCUGUGUGGUACGUUACCAUGGUGGCUGUAUGCCGUCCCUCGUAUAUGGAACCAGUAGCCCGGAGUGGGGCGUGGGUCAGUCCUGUAAUAGUUGUUCCUUUUUAACUUGAUCAGCGUUGCACGUGAUUUUGUUUGUCUGUUUUGGUUUUUUGGUCCAUCUGGACUUUUAUAGCUUUGGCAUGUUUGCUAAUUGUCUGUUGGGACACACAUCUGGAAACGUGAAUAAAAACUAUUUUGGCUUUUGUAAA